UUUUCGCCGGAUUCGAAGUGGAUUGCCUCAGGGUCAGACGAUCAUACCAUUAAGAUCUGGAAUCUCGAAACUGGAUCAUGCCAGCAGACGCUAGAGGGGCAUAGCGAUUCGGUCAGGUCGGUCGUCUUUUCGCCGGAUUCGAAGUGGAUUGCCUCAGGGUCAGGCGAUCGUACCAUUAAGAUCUGGAAUCUCGAAACUGGAUCAUGCCAGCAGACGCUAGAGGGGCAUAGCAGUUCGGUCAGGUCGGUUGCAUCUUCCCUUAACUCAACAUUAAUUGCAUUCCGAUCAGAUAACGCCAACGCCCCGCAUUAUGAACACUAUGGAAUAAGCUCAGAUUAUAGGUGGAUUACAAGGGCCUCAAAAAACUGGCUAUGGUUGCCUACGGAAUACCGGCCGAACUGUUCGGCCGUAGCGGCAUCGAGGAUAGCCAUUGGCUGUAUGUCCGGGCGUGUCCUAAUUAUAAUAUUCCCAGCGGAUAAUGAGUGA